CUUCCAGUGGCAAACCGCUCUCCGACACCAACAGCUGAAGCCAGCCCUCUGCCUCUCCCCGACGAGCCCACGCGCGCAUGCGCCACGUCCCCCGGCGACAGGCUCGGCUUCCGUGCACCCAACAGCACAGCGCAGCGCAGCGCAGCACGGCACGGCAGGGUGGCGCAUCCAUGUCCUCGGCGAGGCCCCGUCCACUGCUCCGGCGGCCCAGCCCAGCGCCCGUCGGACAGACGCCCGCGACGGCAAAAGCAACCUGACCCGAACCGAGCCGACGACGGCCCCUCCCCGUUGCCCUCCUCUCAAGAGAGCCAUGGCGCCGAAGCGCAAACGAGCGACGGAUCCAGCGCCCGGGGCCGCCGGCGCAACGCGUCGUGCGACGCGUCAAACGCCCGUCGUGCCCCCGCUGCCCGCGCCCGCCGCAGCGCCCGCCAGUGCGAGGGCGGCUCCAGCUCCAGCUCCCGCAGGGGGGGCCUCGGGGGCUCCAGCGGCACCGCAACCGCAACCACGUCCACCACAUCCACCACCAAAACCACAACCACCACAACCACCACCACAACCAAUGGCGCCUGCACCGCCCGCGGCCCACGAAACACCUGUCCCGAUCCCCACGCCGCUGGCCGUCGAGCACAAGGCCGCCGCACCGAGACGCGCCAUCCGCGGACGCGUCCAGCAGCAUCAGCAUCAGCAGCAGCAGCAGCAGCCGCCCAGCGACAGGCCGUCGACGCAGGCACACGAAACCCCCGUGCCGGUGCCGUUUCCAGCAGCCGCCGUCGCCAUCACCGCGAGCCCGGCUGCUUCGAAAACGCGCAUCCCGCCGCCGACGCGCCCGCUCGCCCCCGCUGCCACCCCUCGAGACAACAUGAUUGCGUCCGCGAGCGCCGCGAGCGCCGCCAUCAAGGACGCCGUCCGGCCGUCGGACCUCGUGGCGCCCGAAAUCACAUACCACGUCCCGCAGCCGCACCAGCCCGGCCGCCUGCAGUCGUCGCUCGUCCGCCCUCACGGCCCCUCGGCCGCCCUGCCGCCGCCGCCGCCGCGCCUCGACAGGCCGCCGCCACCCGUCGUGACGCCGGUCCCGCCGCCCAAGCCGCCGACGCUGCCCGUCUCGGACCGGGGCCCCCCGCGGGCGGACCGCAACAUCGAUAAGGUCGUGUUGGGGAACCUCUGCUUCCGGACCUGGUACCCCAGCUACUACGGCAAGGAGGUGCUCGGCGACGCGUCGGGCAACGCCUCCAAGGGCGUCGGCAGCAAGGACAAGGACGUUGCCGGCGCCAAGGACCAGGUGGCGCCCGGUGGCAAGACGUCGUCGUCGUCGUCCAAGAAGGAAAAGGACCAGCAGCCCAUGCUGGAGCGACUCUACGUCUGCCCAAGCUGCUUCAAGUACGCCCGCGAGCUGGUGGCCUGGCGGGGUCACGUCCGCCUGUGCGAGCGACGCGGCCACGUGCCCGGCGAAAAGGUCUACGUCCACCCCAAGGGCCGUCGGCGGAUCCUCGUCGCCCACGACGGCAAGACGCCGGGGCCGGGCCCAAAGCGGAGGCGCGGCGACGGGGGCGUACGCUACGUCGAGGAGAUUGUGCAGGACGAGGGCGAAUGGAGCAUAUGGGAGGUGGACGGCGAAAAGGACGGGCUCUUUUGCCAGAACCUGUCGCUCUUCGCCAAGCUCUUUCUCGACAACAAGUCCGUCUUCUUUGACGUGACGGGCUUCAACUACUUUCUGCUCGUGUACACGCCGCCGGCCAAGCCCACGCCGCCGCCCGGGACGGAGCCCGCGCCGAGGGCCCCCCCGCAGGUGACGGGCUUCUUCUCCAAGGAAAAGAUGUCGUGGGACAACAACAACCUGGCCUGCAUCCUGGUGUUCCCGCCGUGGCAGCGCAAGGGCCUGGGGGCGCUGCUGAUGGGCGCGUCGUACGAGAUCUCGCGGCGCGAGGGCAUCCUGGGCGGGCCCGAGAAGCCCAUCUCGGACCUGGGCCGCAAGGGGUACCGGCGGUUCUGGUCCGGCGAGGUGGCCCGGUGGCUGCUGGGCCUCGACGUGGGUGGCCAGCACGAGACGCUCGUCGACGUCGACGACGUGAGCCGCGGCACGUGGAUCUCGCCCGAGGACUGCCUCGCGGUGCUGCGCGACAUGGGCGUCGUCGAGGACGCGGGCGUGGGGCCCGGCAAGGCGGACGCGACGGAGCCCGAGGCGCGGCACGGCAGCGACGACGACGGGGACGCGGGCGGUGGCGGCAGGGCACCGCUGGAGUCGGCGGCGGCGGCCAGGAGCGACGAGGCCAGGCCGGCGGUGCCGCGCGUGCGCCUCGACAAGGAGGCGGUGCGGCGGUUCGUGGCGACGCACCGCAUCAGCCUCGAGCGGACGUGCGACCCGGACGGCUUCGUCGCGGGCUACGCCAUCAAGGCGCGGGGGGUGGCGGCGGACGCGGACGCGGACGGGGGGGCCGAGGCGUGAGCCUGAUCUGACGCCCUCUACGAUGGAAACGACAUGAUACCCGGAUUGCUACAGUGUUUUGUUUGACAGCGCGGCCUGCUUGUCUGUAUUUUGCACGCGCUGCCGUGCUUAGGUAGUGAUUUGAUGUCAUGGCAUGU